ACGAGCGCCCUCGAGUCUUCGAAAGACAUCACCUCGCGCUAUCUGUGAGAUCGUUUCAAAAUUCGAGAGAGUCGAGACACGUUCGGUGCAGGAGAAUGAGAAGUAGCAAUAUACUCAUGAUUCAUAACAAUAUGCUGUUGUAGGCAUAUUUAGGAAAACUCUGGCAGUGAUAGAAGCGACGUAACACUCCAUAUUAUGGUGUUAUCGUCGCUUAUUUAAUUUUCAUUUUCCAGCAAGUGUUUUCGGAAGAAUAAUGUGCGUGUGCAUCUAAGAUAUAUUUGAAAGUGGUUUUGAACACACACUGAAAACUUAAAAUUUUCGAGCCUUAUAACCAAAGGAAAUUUAAAACAAACAUGUGGAUUUCUUUUUUGGUGUGCGGAUUUUUGUGGUCAGCAUGUACUGUGAAAGCAGGGCUAGUGAAUACUACCACCGAAUAUUUAACGGACUAUAAAAUUAAUUCUGUCAGUGAAGAAGAUACAGUGUCGUCACAUACGUCAGCCGGCACACCAUCUAGUCGGAGGGUUGGAUCAUUCUACAAAAGACGUCCAUAUUCCAAUCCUAUGCCAGAAUGUGCGUCCCAACAAGUGUGCAAUGCUGUGUUCAUGCGCUUGAAAUUCGUCCAACCACUGUGCAGGUGCGCAGGCGCAUUCACAAGUCCAUGUUCAACAAGAAUGAAUCCAAACGAUGGACACACAAUAAAUCUCCUAUCCGACAGAGAGGGUCAGAAAACCCAAACACUUGUAAAGGUUUGUGAAGAUGUGAGCUCAGUAAAGAUGUGUAACCAGCCACAUGACUGGAUGUUAUUAGCCUUACAGAAUGUACGAACAGGGAAGGCUCAUUAUUUAGUUGUAUGCAAAUGUCCAUCAUAUGCAGUGAUGGAAGGUCCAGUACUUCAUACACAGCCACCAUAUGCUCGCAUCCCUGGAAUAAGUGUCUAUGGAAUGUUAUGUGUUCAAGGAAGAAAAAGCCGAUUACGGAAAGAAAAUUAUCCUCCAAUGCCAUGGGACAGAAUUAUUGGAGUCUAUAAUUCUACAAUGAGUUCAAGACAGACAAGAAUGAAACUACCUAUUCUAUUAUAAACUUAAUAAUUAAAAGCAAUAGCACAGCCUAAAAUGACAUGAAAUAAUAAAAUUUGCGAAGCAAGAUUAGAGACAAAAAUUCAAAGUACAAAUAUAGAUAGAAUAUAAAAAAAUCAAGUCAGAUGGUAAAAUUCAUCUGGUCAUAGCAAGAUUCAUUUUUUUUUCAACCUACAUAGCAAAACACUUAUGUUAUAUUGUUGAGAACAAAUCAUUCUUGCCAACUGGGGAAAAAAAAAAAUUUUUAAAAAAUCCCCCUUUUCAAUCUAUAAUGUUUACCGGUUAAAAAUUCAAACUGUCAAAAUUUUUAUGUUCUCAAAGAGAAAGAAAUUAUAACACCAUUUGAAAAUUAUUAAACGAAGUUUUUUAAAUUCUUGCUAAAUUAUAUACAUGAUUUAGAAUCAUUCUUUAGCUCAUCAGAUAAUAGUUUGUAAGAUACAGUAAAUCCCGUGAAAAUGUGACUGAAACUGUGGCAUGAAAAUAUUAGGUUGACUUUUAAAUACAACAUCAUAAUUAAAACUGAUAUAUUUUUGUAAUAUGUGUUUAACGACAAGCAGCAAAGAGAAUUUUAUAUUGCACAACUGAGAAGUAAUAUGUGCAAUUAAGGAGUUCACGCAUUCCAUUCUGACACAUGAUCUCGACUAAUAUGCAAAAAUUAUACAACUUUUUUCAGUAUUACUUUUAGUAUGUAAUGUAAAUAUUUAGAUAUUUAAAAUGUUUACUAAUGAAAAAAAAUCUCACAAAAUUAUGUGUUUUAUAUAUUGAAUUGCAUAUGCUUAGGAUACCUAGUCUAAUAAGCCAGAAACUACAUGAUGCUCACACCAAACAUUCGUAUUAUAUGUCUACAGUUAAAUAAAAUAGGAAAUUACAUGGUCAAAUAACAUGUAAGAAUUUGAUGAUGGAAUUCAUACAUGUGUAAAAUCAUUUCAGAUAUUUAAAUUAGUUUCAUUAUUUAACUGUUAAAAAAAAGGAAGCAUCAAAUAUACUACUAACUAAACCGAAUAAAAACAAAAUAUUUCAAAAUUAAUAUCAGUUAUUAGUUUUGUUUGCCUGUUGAGCUUGAUUAAACUUUUGAUAUUCUAAACAAGUCAGGCUUAAAACUAGUGCAUUGAAAAUUAUGAAAUCUAACUUUUUUAUAAAACAAAGAUAAAAAUUAAAAGCACAUUGUUUGGAUGAUUAAAAAAAAUAGCAAUCUACCAUUUACAGAAGUGCCAUGAGCUAUGAUAUUACAUAUUUAACAAAUGAUUCAAAAAAGUGUAAUGCAUUCUAACUUAUAAUGUAUUUAUUUUGUUAUUUAUUGUCUUAAGAAAAUAUAUGAAUGGAAGAUGAACAGUAGCACUCAAAAGGGAAAAAAAAAAGUUCCUUACAGUUUUGUUCUUUUGUGAAUAAUUUAAGAACAAUAAAUCGUGUAACAGUUUAUGUUUAAUAAAAGUGCUACCUGUUUGCA